UGCCGGGCCCAGAGCCCGCCCCGGGCUAGCGCCCUAUGUAAGGCUGGCCCCGGCGGCCGGGCCGCUGCGGCGGCGGCAGCUAGAGAGCCUGCCCUCUCCGCGGACGGCCUCAGGUCAGUUCUUUGCUCAGUCAGGCGGCCGGUGCCCCGCGCGCACGCGCAUAAGCCCUCAGCGCCCCGCCCCCGCGCGCCUCCGCAUCCCUGGACCGCGGGCCGCGGGCCGCAAGGGGUGGCAUGCGGGACUACGACGAGGUGACCGCCUUCCUUGGCGAAUGGGGGCCCUUCCAGCGCCUCAUCUUCUUCCUGCUCAGCGCCAGCAUCAUCCCCAACGGCUUCAGCGGCCUGUCGUCCGUGUUCCUGGCGGCGAUUCCGGAGCACCACUGCCGGGUGCCGAGCACCGCGAACCUGAGCAGCGCCUGGCGCAACCACAGUAUCCCGGUGCGGCUGCAGGACGGUCGCGAGGUGCCCCACAGCUGCCGCCGCUACCGGCUCGCCACCAUCGCCAACUUCUCAGCGCUCGGGCUGGAGCCGGGGCGCGACGUGGACCUGGAGCAGCUGGAGCAGGAGAACUGCCUGGAUGGCUGGGAGUUCAGCCAGGACGUCUACCUGUCCACCAUCGUGACCGAGUGGAACCUGGUGUGUGAGGACGACUGGAAGGCCCCGCUCACAGUCUCCAUGUUUUUCGUGGGCGUGCUGUUGGGCUCCUUCAUUUCAGGGCAGCUCUCAGACAGGUUCGGUCGGAAGAAAGUGCUGUUUAUAACCAUGACCAUGCAGACAGGUUUCAGCUUCCUGCAGAUCUUCUCGAAGAACUUUGAGAUGUUUAUCGUGCUGUUUGCCUUUGUAGGCAUGGGCCAGAUUUCCAACUAUGUGGCAGCAUUUGUCCUGGGAACAGAAAUUCUUGGCAAGUCCGUUCGUAUUAUAUUCUCCACGUUAGGAGUGUGCAUAUUUUAUGCCUUCGGCUACAUGGUGCUGCCACUGUUUGCUUACUUCAUCAGAGACUGGCGGAUGCUGCUGCUGGCGCUGACGGGGCCAGGGGUGCUGUGCGUGGCGCUCUGGUGGUUCAUCCCUGAGUCCCCCCGUUGGCUCAUCUCUCAGGGACUAUUUAAGGAGGCAGAGGUGAUCAUCCGCAGGGCUGCCAAAAUGAAUGGGAUUGUUGCCCCCUCCACCAUCUUUGACCCGAGUGAGUUACAAGACCUAAGUUCUAAGAAGCAGCAGUCCCACAGCAUUCUGGACCUGCUCCGAACCCGGAAUAUCCGAAUAGUCACCAUCAUGUCCAUAAUUCUGUGGAUGACCAUAUCAGUGGGCUAUUUUGGGCUUUCCCUUGAUACUCCUAACUUGCAUGGGGACGUCUAUAUGAACUGCUUCCUUUCGGCUGUGGUUGAAGUCCCAGCAUACGUGUUGGCCUGGUUGCUGUUGCGGUAUCUGCCCCGGCGCUAUUCCAUGGCCACUGCCCUCUUCCUGGGUGGCAGUGUCCUUCUCUUCGUGCAGCUGGUGCCCCCAGACUUGUACUAUUUGGCUACAGUCCUGGUGAUGGUGGGCAAGUUUGGAAUCACUGCUGCCUUUUCCAUGGUCUAUGUGUACACAGCUGAGCUGUACCCCACAGUGGUCAGAAACAUGGGCGUGGGGGUCAGCUCCACAGCAUCCCGCCUGGGCAGCAUCCUGUCUCCCUACUUUGUUUACCUUGGUGCCUAUGACCGCUUCCUGCCCUACAUCCUCAUGGGAAGUCUGACCAUCCUGACAGCCAUCCUCACUUUGUUCCUCCCAGAGAGUUUUGGCACCCCACUCCCAGACACCAUUGACCAGAUGCUAAGGGUCAAAGGGUAAGACAGAAUAAAACACAGGCAGACUGCAAGUCAUACAAAGAUGUUAAGAGAUGGUGAAGAAAGCCCCACAAUCCUUAAAAGCACAGCCUUCUAACACAGCUUCCAAUAAAUGAGAAACUUAGGAGGAUAGACUGUGUCUUGUCCAAAACAGCUCGUGCAGACUCCGAGUCCUUCAGUGACAAAGGCCUUUACUGUUUAUUCUCUUCACCUAUGUCUGACUUGCUCAUGGAUGGGCACCCAGACUCAGAGGUAUGUAGAGUCCUAGAGUACCACCUUCCUCUCAAGACCCCGUGGCUACCUACUGAUAACUUUAGAUAAGUCCUAACUUUUAUGAUGAUGGACUCAGCACUUCCUAGGAAGAUCAUUAUUCACUAGAACCAAUGGGAUUUGGAAGAACAUAAGAAGAAUCUGCUAUAUUUACAUUUUAAUUUUAGACUACUUGAAGAGGCUCCUAAUAAUACUAGAGGUCUAAAUUCCUCUACCCCCUUCUUUCUAAUGGUGGCCUUUAGAGGAAAAGAAAUUGUUUCACAGGGAGUUUGUUUUCUCACCUUUUCUCAGAUUAUCUAGGACUAUCACUUCCCAGGGCAGGAGAACACAGGGUCUAGGGCAGCAGUUCUCAACCUGUGGGUUACGACCCCUUUGGGGGUCGAAGACCCUUUCACAGGGGUUGCCUAAAUACACCCUGCAUAUCAGAUAUUUACAUUACGAUUCAUAACAGUAGCAAAAUUACAGUUAUGAAGUAGCAAUGAAAAUAAUGUUAUGGUUGUGGGUCACCACAACAUGAGGAACUGUAUUAAAGGGUCAUGGCAUUAGGAAGGUUGAGAACCACUGGUCUAGGGAGAACUGGAGGUAAUUAAGGAGGAGGAGAGUGGGCAGAUACAGAACAUGGGCAAGUGCAUUGAUGUGUGAGCUCUUGGCCACUCAAACUGACAGCUGGGUAGAUUUGUUUACAUCUGAUCAAAGCACUGGGCUUGUCCAGGCCCAUAAAAAAUGUUUUGUUGAAUCUAUUAUUCUUAUUUUCCAUAGUUGUGUAAAUCAAACCUCCUCACUUCUAUAGCUUGUAUGUGAUUUGAAGGAAGCAGAUCAGUGAAAAAGAGAGACAAGCAACUUUGUCUCAUCUCUAAACUGUAAUGUGGGUUUGGUUUUUUUGUUGUUUUUUGUUUGUUUGUUUGUUUGUUUGUAGAGACAGAGACUCACUUUAUCGCCCUCAGUAGAGUGCUGUGGCGUCACAGGUCACAGCAAACUCCAGUUCCUGGGCUUAGGCAAUUCUCUUGCCUCAGCCUCCCAAGUAGCUGGGACUACAGAUGCCUGCCACAACGCCCGGCUAUUUUUUUUGUUGCAGUUCAGCUGAGCCGGGUUUAAACCCGUCACCUUCAGUAUAUGGGGCCGGUGCCCUAUCCACUGAGCCAUAGGAGCCACCCUGUUGUUGUAUUUGUUAUUGUGUCUUUUUCUCCUUAAGUUAUUUGCCCUUCAGAAUAGACUUGGGGAAGGCUGGUUCCUUAGUCUCCUGGUUUGUGUCUUUUUCUAUUUUAUUUUUUUUGAGAGAUGGGGUUUCACUCUGUUGCUCAGGCUGAGUACAGUGGUGGCGUGAUCAUAGCUCACUGCAGCCUCAAACUCCUGGGCACAAGCAAUCCUCUUGCCUCAGCCUCCCAGGUUUAACAGCUGGCACUACAAGUGUGUGUCCUUAUAUUUGGCUGAUUUUUUUUUUUUUUUGAGACAGAGUCUCACUUUGUCAUUCCCUGUAGAGUGCUCUGGCAUCAUAGCUCACAGCAACCUCUAAAUCUUGGGCUCAAGCAAUUGUCGUGCCUCAGCCUCCUGAGUAGCUGGGACUACAGGUGCCUGCCACAGUGCCCGGCUUUUUUAGAGAUGGGGUCUUCCUCUAGCUCAGGCUGGUCUCGAACUCGUGAGCUCAGGUCAUCUGCCCACCUCAGCCUCCCAAAGUGCUGGGAUUACAGGCAUGAGCCACCAUGCCUGGCCUCUGGCUAAUUUUUUUGUAGUUGUUUUUUGUGGAGAUAAGGUAUUACUGUGUUUCCCAGGCUGGUCUUGAACUCCUGGCCUCAAGCAGUCCUCCCUCCCUGGCUUCCCAAGGUCCUGGGAUUAUACUCAUGAACCACUGUACCUGACCUAUGUCUUUUUUUUAUUUUUAUACCCAGAAUCACUCUGAUAAUGGUCGGCAGUUGCCACUGGUGCAAGGCCUUUCCAGAUUUAUCCUCUAGCACUUCUCUGAAUGCAAAACCAAUGUCAUUGUUUAUGGUACCUAAUCAUGGGGAAAAGUUAUAAAAACAUUGAAAUUAUGUUCAUAGUCUUUCAGAGUGCUCACUUCAGCCGUGUGACAUUAUUGGGAGAUAUUUUGUGUUCAUUGUAGUUGUCUUCUCUUUGCCAAUUAUGUUACCAUGGUACUAUUAAAGCAUAUGCUUCACUUGGUUAAAAAACAAAAACAAACAAAUCAUAUUCUUGUGAAUGCUACUGAAGUGCCUUGGAAAAUGAGAAAGUUUUAAUAAGUAAAACGAUUUUUAAAUAAUA